UACGCAUCGAGCGUUGGACCAGGACGACGUCACUUUAUCCAACGACCACCAAAUAGCAAAGUAUAUGAACAAAAAACUACAUACACAGACGCUAAGCUGUAAUUUUCACUCGCACAAUCGCAGCUUUACCUAUACACAAGCACUGAAUUUCGAANACCGAAAAAAAAAAAAAGAAAAAAAAUUGCGGAAAAAUGGUGGCGUACGCCGCGGCCGUGGAUGCUCUGAGCGAGCGCGCCGCCGUGAUGAGGGAAUCGAUGUUGAAAACUCAGGCCAUCGCCGAUAACAUGGUCGCGAUCCUCGGCUCCUUCGACCGCCGCCUCUCCGCCCUCGAGACCGCCAUGCGCCCCACACAGAUUCUCGUUUCAGUUUUAAUAGGUUUGAUUAUUUUGGCGUUUCAGCUGAAAACGCAUUCGAUCAGGAGAGCGCACGAGAAUAUCGACAAGACGCACAAGGCUGCUGAGCUGAUUCUGGAACAAUUUGAUCGCUCGCGCAAGUUUCUUUGCUAUACUCUGGUUUUUGGGUAUGCUACUGGGAAGUACCUUCCGUUGGCAAAGGGGCUGGCCGAAGCUAAGAUAAUGAGGGGACCUCAUGAAGAUUUGGAGAGCUAUCUAGAAGCAGUGGAUCAGCUUAGGAGCAUUGUUCGCUUUUUAACUGGAAACAAAGGUUUCCAGGGUAGUAUCGGGAUGGUUAAUCAAGCCAAUGCUUUAUUAACCAAAGCAAUUGCCAAACUAGAGGAAGAAUUCAGACAGCUUCUCACCUCAUACAGCAAGCCUGUAGAACCUGAUCGACUUUUUGACUGCCUGCCAAACGCCAUGAGACCAUCAACAGGGUCACCACGUGAAAGAGAAUUGAGUGGAAAAAAGACUUCUGGCCAAGAAGAAAAUGCAGAAAAUAUUGUCUAUCAACUCCCACCUCUAAUUCCACCUCGACUUCUGCCCUUACUUCACUCUAUGAUUCAGCAAAUGAUACCAGCUGGCCACAAACAGCAGGUCGUCAUUAUAUAUAGGGAAGCACGGUCUGCAGCCCUUGAGCAAACUUUAAAGAAACUUGGUGUUGAAAGACUUAGUAAAGAGGACGUGCAAAAGAUGGCGUGGGAAGUCCUAGAGGCAAAGAUAGGAAACUGGAUUCAUUUCGUGCGGAUUGCUGUCAAGCUUUUGUUUGCCGGGGAGAAGAAAUUGUGUGACGAGAUUUUCGAAGGUCAUGAUAAUCUUAGGGACCAGUGUUUUGCCAAGGUCACAGCAAACAGCAUGGCGGUUCUCCUCAGUUUUGGUGAAGCAAUCACUAAGAUCAAAAGAUCACCCGAAAAGCUGUUUGUCCUCCUUGACAUGUACGAGAUUAUGCAAGAACUUCAGCCAGAGAUGGAUGCCAUAUUUAGAAGCAAAUUCUGUGGCGAAAUGCGGGAAGCCUUCGUGGUCCUUACGAAACGACUGGUCCAGACAGCACAAGAAACAUUUGGUGAUUUUGAAGAAGCAGUUGAAAAAGACGCCACAAAAACUACCGUUCUUGACGGAACUGUCCACCCCCUGACGAGCUAUGUGAUUAACUAUGUGAAAUUUUUAUUUGACUAUCACUCAUCAUUGCUACAACUCUUUAGAGAGUUUCAUGAAGCUAAUGCAGAGGAGCAGCUGGCGAAUAUAACCACGCGGAUAAUGCAGGCUCUUCAGACGAAUCUUGAUGGGAAAUCUAAGCAGUAUAAAGAUCCCGCUUUGACACAGCUGUUUUUGAUGAACAAUAUGCACUACAUUGUAAGAUCCGUUCGCAGAUCUGAAGCAAAGGAUCUGUUGGGCGAUGACUGGGUUCAGAUACACAGACGAGUAGUCCAGCAGCAUGCUAAUCAGUACAAAAGGAUUGCUUGGUCUAAGAUUCUUCAGUGCCUAACGAUUCAGGGGGUGCAGUCAGGCGGCAGCAGCUCAUUCUUGGAAAUCGGCAGCACAUCGAGUGUUUCGAGAGCAAUGGUGAAAGACAGGUUCAGAAACUUCAACGUGCUGUUUGAGGAGAUUCACCAGAGGCAGUCCCAAUGGACAGUCCCUGACAGCGAAUUACGAGAAUCUCUGAGGCUAGCGGUUGCUGAGGUUCUACUGCCCGCAUACAGGUCUUUCGUCAGACGAUUCGGGCCUAUGAUUGAGGGUGGGCAAAACCCACAAAAGUACAUCAGAUAUAGCCCAGAAGAUCUAGAAAGUAUGCUGGCAGAUUUUUUCGAAGGCAAGACCUUGAACGAACAAAGACGCAUGAUAGAUUUUAAAUAAUCCCUGUACUGCAGAUAGUUUUUUUUUUUUUUUU